GGGCGUCCCACGGGGUGGGACUGGGCUGUCCAGCUGCGCCCUGGGCUCUCGCCCUCCCGGGGAGGUAACUGCCGCGGAAUCGGGCCACGUGGUCCGCGGUCUCCCCACAGCCUCGGAUCUUGCUAUCCCGGACCGCCCUCUUCCCCGCGGUCGCCCGGACCUGCCCGCCCUUCUCUCCCGAGCUCUUCCAGGCCUUCCCCGCCGGGUCCCCAGCACCCCUCGAGCUGUCCCUGGCAUCUCCCAGGGGUCUCCGGUACCCGCGGUGUCCCCAGCACCUCUUAAGGGUCCGUUUUGACCUUAGCCAGUGACGAACGACGUGAGCAAGGAGGGAUGGACGCAGUUUCCUAGUCUCGGUGGCGGAAACCGCAGAACUUGAUUUAUUCUCUUGGAAUUGCAUUCGCCGAUUUGUUUUAAAUAAAGCACCUUUGUGACUGGUUUUGCUUAAUUGGUCUUUGGUAUCUCAACAAGAAUGGAAAUUAGAUUAGAAGUUUUGACAUCAACAAGUAUCAAGCAGAAAAAACCCUGGCCAAGAGUUUCCUGGUUGGGGCAGGAAAAUGAAGCUGUUUUUCUUUUGGAUGAUAAAUUCAUAAAUGAAAUUAAUUUGCUAUCAGGAAGAACAAAGAAGAAGAUUCCUAGUCUGCAGCCUUUGCUGAAGGAUGCUUUUUUCCUGACAACAUCCUGCAAUGAUGCUUGGCUGUCUGGAGUCCUCACUACAGGGGAGAUUUUCCUUUGGAACAAAGAUCAAGACUGUUUGAAAACUAUACAAGUAACUGAAAAGCCUAAAGAAAUGAUUAAGGCUACUGUAGCAAGCUCUUUGAGACUGUACUUGUAUGUUGCUGAAAAUGGGAAAAGAGUUCUGCUUAUCACGUCUGGCUGCAUAUUUCUGUGGGAAUGUUCGGAAUUGAGGAAUAUCUUCUGUUCGAAAAGCCUCUCGUUGGUGGGUCAGUGGUCCCAGAUCAUACCUGAAGAAGCUGAUUUUUUGCCGUCCACUAAAGAUAAAGAAGCUACAGUGAAUGCUGUUUUUAUAAAAAAUGAGCUAUUUGGUGACUGCUGCCUGUGUUCAUUUGCUUUUUAUUCUGGAGGAUGCCUGAAGUUAACAUUUCUAGCAAUUCGGUGGCAUGAGAAGAUAUUUACAGCUGUAAGGUCACUUCCGUUCCACGUUAACUGGGCACAACAAGAAUGCCCUCUGUGCAGUCUAACUCCUAAGUGUGAUCCAGUGAAGUCGAGAGGUGCUCUGAUCUCUGCCUUCUCAAGAGAUGGCCUUACCCUGGCAAUGACUCUUAAUCAGAAAGACCCAAAGGCAACUCAGGUAUUAUUUAUAAACACAUUGAAUUUUGUUACUCUCUGUGGUGACCUUAAAGGAUGUAGCAAUAAGAAUCCUGUGGUUCCAGCUACACUCACUAGGUCAUACUGGGUAGGUGACAUCAGCUGGACGAAUGAUAGUCUGUUUCUGGCUUGUGUGUUAAAACGUGGCUCCCUGGUUUUACUGACCUGCCUAGGUGAAUUGCUAACUUUAAUUACAUUUGGUUGCUCUGUUGAAUUUGGGCCAGCUGAAUUUAUUCCUCUUCAUCCACUAAUAACAUAUAGACCACAGCAGUUUAUAUUUCAAGAUUCAAACAAUUCUGUAGAUUCAUCAGCUUCUGACAGUGAUCCUCUGAGACAGAGGUUUUCUGUGAAAGCACACUCAAGGCUGCCUUACCUUAUUGUUUCUGAUGGUUACAUGGUCACAACUCUUCGAUUUCUUGAGAGCCAGUCUCCAACAGUGCUCAUGAGAACCCUGCUACUUGAUUCGACUCACAGGCUUGAGAAAGCAUACCAAAGUGUAGUGUUGUCUAAGCCAAAAGACAAAGGGCUGAACUUGCGAUCACUGGAUUCCUUAAGGUCCAGCCUGUUAAAGCAUCAAGGAAAUGAAAGUUCAGUGCAUUGCACUGUCCCCAGAUUUUUGCAGGCAGAAGAAACAAUGAAAUUAAAUGAAAAAACAGAUUUUCAGGAUUUUGACGGAGAAGAAACUAAGGAAUGUGAACAGUUUCCAAACAACUCAUUCCCUUUUUGUAACCAAAAAAAUGAUCCACUGUUUAGCGUGGUCAAGGAAGGAAGACUGGAAUUUGCAUCUAUGUUUGAUAUGUUACAUGCAAAGGAUGAUUCCAAGGAGACAGACAGAACCACCACAGACCUGCAUUCUAUCCAGAAAAGACUGCUUGCAGCAUGGAGUAUAGGAAUUUCAAAAAAUGUAACAGAAAAGAAAUUAAUGUUAAAUUACACAGUAGUUUGUAUCACUCAUUUUUUCUAUAUUCUUCAGUUUAUAAAGUGUCCUUUCCCCAAAUUUGACCUUUUUUUAAGCAAGAGUCUGAAGCAUAAUGCCUGGGUACUUUGUAUCUUUCAACUUUUUUAUCAAUGUCUAUCAAUCCACUAUUGGGAUAUGAGAUACAGACAAGAUGUGGGACACUUGAUAAAGCUCACCUCAAAUACCGUAAAGCUUUUGCUGACUCAGCAACAAAAGAAUCAGUUAUUUUCAGAGAAACUUUUAGCCUGUUUUUCUUUACUUAGAAUGGUAGCUGACAAUUUAAAUGGCAUAUACAGUCUUCAGCCCGAAGUUAUUUCGGCAUCAGCCAAUGGAAGUAGAACAGCAGAGCAAGACUCCUUGAUGGUGCCUAUUUUUCAGAUACUUCAAGGCAAUAGUUCUCAGGAAAGUUGGUCUUGGGAGUCAGCAUUAAAGCUUCACCCUCAGUUGACAAGCCUUGUUCAAAAGCCAGGUCACAGAUUGAUUGCUCUCUGGAGAAUAUUGUACAAAAAAACUGUAUGGUAUCAAGCACAAUUAAGCCGAAGAAUUCUUGAAGGUGACAAACCAUUAACUGAAAAUAUAAAGCAUGAAGUGUCUGUUGUCAAGAACCUGUUAUGCCAUCUACAGACUAGUUUACAGAUAGCUGGAGAUAGCUUGAAUGAAGCCUUAGAACUUAUACCUAUCAAUGGUGAAGAGUGUUUCCUGUUAGGAUCAUAUGAAAAAUCAGUUCAUCUAUGGAAGAAGGCUCUACAAGAAACUGAGAAGAAAGGAGGAAGAAGGACAUGCUUUCUUCAGAUGCGCUAUUACCUUUCUCUCUUAUACUGCCACCUCUAUAGCUAUAAUUUAAAUGAUGCGCAAGGAUUAUGUGAUUACCUAGUAAGGGAAAUACUGACAUGUUCCCAGUUACCGAUAAAAGAAAGUAAAGAUCAUUCAGAUUCCAAGAAGUCUCAUUGUGAGUUUACAGUAACUGGAAAUGUGCAUCCCGAGGCAGCAAUAAGAGUUGUCCAGUGCAUGGCACGUUUCAUGGCAGCCUAUUUUACCAAUCAGCCGCUCUGCAUUCUGCCACCUCACAGUGUGAAUGUUCUUCCUCCACUUCACAUUAAAACAGAGCAUUGCCUACGGCUUAUUCCUCUACAACACUCUAAGGUGGCCAGUUUUGUUAGAGAUCAAAAUCUCUCAAAUGUAUGGACAGUCGAAUAUGCCCUUGAAUUAUUAUUUAUUGGUGGCCUAGUUCCAGAGGCUGUGUGGUUGGCCCAUAAGCUUGGAGACUGGAAGACAUCUGUUUCAAUUGGUGUGGCCUUCCAGUUAUUCCAUAAACAUGAUUGCAAUUCUGUGAGGUCCAAGAAAAAAGGUGUGAAGCUGCCAUUAAAUAUGACACCAGCACAGAUUUUCCAGGAAAAACUGCAGUGUUUUUUAGGUCAGCCAGCCACUUUGGAAACAAAAAGUGCAAAGGGCUCAAAAUAUAAGCAAUUUACAGAUCCCAUUGAAGAAGAAGAUGCUAAUCUGCUGUUUGGGUCUGUGCAAGAAGUGCUGAAAGCAUCAGUCAUGGCUGGUGCAGAUAUUGUUUCAGAGACACUGCAGCUAUUGAUGGACUCUGCCAAAGACUUUAGUAAGAGGCUGUGGGGCUUAGUGCCUGUCGACUUGUAUCUUCCAGCUCCUCCACUGUAUUGUCCCCAGCCAGCUGUUCUUAGUGAAGAACAUGGUGACAAUCUUCUUUUAAAAGCUGAAAAAGAUAAUCGACAAAAAGUGUCUGGAAUCCUUCAGCGAGUUCUCUUGCUUUUCCGGGCAGCACGAUGUUCUUUUCCUCUAGCACAGUGGUACAUCUUGAAGCUGAGGUGGGCAAGAAAAGUCAUGCAGAAGAUUCGCAUGAAAGGCUCCCUUUCCUCACUGAGUUCCUUCCCUGAAUCUCUACUUGAUUACUGUAGAGGAGGCAUAGCAUUCUUCAGACCUGGAGCAGCAGCAGACCACAAACUUGAUGAAGUUUCCAUUAGAGCACUAGGUUGCUUCAGAGAACUCUGUGCUUUGUGCUGGAUGUUGCAUAUUCGUGAUCAAUUAUCGUACAGUUGCAGGCAGUAUCAGAAGGCAAGAGAAAAUGUGAAGGGAGGAAAGGACCUCGACGUGGAGUUUGAUUCUUGUAUGGUUGAACACUGUUUUCAUGCACUGGAAUGGGCUUGUAGAAUGCUACCUUUCUCGCGGUAUUUUAAUAUUGAAGAACUUAUUCAGGACAUAAUUUUGAGCCUUAUUGGAGAGCUACCACCAAUCAGAAAGGUAGCAGAAAUUUUUGUGAAAGCAUUUCCCAACCCUGAGGUCAUAAGAGUACCUUUAAGAGAAAAAUACCACUCUCUUCAACAGAGACUCAGACACUGUGUUGUGAAAGGUCCUCAGACUGAGGAACUAAUGUCUGUUGUCAUGCAGUCUGCCCAUAAAGUAAGAGUGAAAGCCCUAAAACGUGUGCAGAGGAACAUAGGUGCUUUUGAAGUGAAUAUAUGGGAACCAGACGAAGAAGAAAAACCAGAUAUGGCUCCAGGUUUUGACAGGUUUUCCCUGGGAACUAGCUUGAGCAGAAGUACCCUCACAGAACUGGGUAGUUCUCUGGUGCACAGUGAUACAGAUACGUUCUCUGAAGCUUUGUCGUUUGAAGAGAAAACUUGGAUCCAUUUCUAUCAAAGAAAUGCCUCAAAUCACAAGGAAUCAACAUUGGUUGCCAAGCCCACUGAUAAAAGGAAAACAUGUAAUCAGAAAGAAAACCGCCAAACAAAAGAUCAGGAAAAGUUAUCACAAAGUGUACUUCCUACAAUAGGGGCUUGGGAAUUUGAGCGUGAUGAUGACGAAUACAUUAAAUUCCUCGAGCUCUUCUUGAGUUACAUACUUGAAAGAGACCUUAGUUCCAAGGAUCCUGGCAUUCCAUUUCUGACCAGCUUCUCUGGACAGCUUAGAGAACAUGAACUUAAUUCUUUACUUUUUGAUGUACAUACAACAUUGAAACAACGCCAGAGCAAAAGCAAAAGCCAGAACGUGUAUAGAGCUGGCUCCUGUUUUGUUGUUCUCCCUGAAUUGUGUGACUCUGAAAAAACAUCCUCCUUAAACAGUGGGUGUGCCAUAAAUGUAGACAAGCAGCCUCUCUCAGCUUCAAAACUAGUUAGUCAAGAGAUCAGCCCUUCAGAGAACCCUUUAGAUGAAAUUACCAAAAAUAAAAGAAAGGGAGGGUUGUUUGGUUUAGAACAAAAGUCAAUUUAUAUAAGUCAACAUGACAAAAGAGAGAAACCCCUAACUCAGAGAUCAUCAAGCCACACAUUUUGGAUUCCCAAGUCCAUUAAAAGUGGAAGAUACAGUUUCAAAGCAAUUCAGUGCAGUGCCGGUAACCCUCAAGAAGAGCUUCCCCUGCCACUGAAGAACGCGUUCAGCAGUGUGGGAAGACUGGUGGAAUGGAUGAUAAGAUGGUCUGAUAGAAGACUCCUUUGUGAUUCAUCACUCAGCCACUCAGACUGGAAAUACAGUCCAGUAAUUCGUGUAAAGACCUCUACAGCUGCCAUUCUUACCUCAUUGUGGCUUCUGGAACAACCUUAUUUUUCUACAUAUAAGGCAAAAAGUGGCAUUAUUAAGGUGCUAGAGAAUCACUACACUGAGUCUCACGUGGAAACCAAGAGCGAGAUGGAGAGCAACACGAAGGCUGACUGUCCAGUCACCAAAGCUCAGGGUGGGACUGAGGGAGGAAAUGACCAGAAUGAAUUUGGUCCAAGCAUCUUGAAUAGACUGCCAGCUGAAGCAGAGAACACUGAAGUAAAAGAAAUUGGUGAUGAGAUUAUUCCCAUUACUCAUAAAACUGACAAAGAAUUUAUAGAUGCUGAUGAGGAUCUUUUAGAAGUAGAAACAUUUACACAGGAUGAAAUGGAUAUGCACAUAUCAGACUGUGAAGAAGAACCAAUUAGAUGUCUCAAAAGUCCCAGUAUUGCCAGUUGCAGACUGGAUUCACAGCAGUUACAAGAACAUUCCAUGGAAGAGGUUCAGUGUCCAAGGAAGGAAGCAUUGCAGCCAAAUCUGGAAGAAAACCUGACUGAGCAGAAAGGUAUGAUUGAAGCCUUGUCAAAUUCUGGAAAUACCACUCCUCAUUCACUUUGUAUAGAUGCAAACUCAGAAACUUCUAGUACACGUAUUUCUGAAUUUAAAGAUAUGUCUUCCUUGGUUCCACCUCUUGUGUCAAAUGGAGUCAAUGUUGCGUCACAAACCCCUGUUCCAACACCUCAGCAGACUCAGAGAAAUGAACACAGUGUUCGGUUACCAGAUUCUUCUGAUUCUGUUAGGCACAUGCUUCAAGAUGAAAUGUUUAAGUUAGUUCAGCUGCAGCAGAUCAAUUUCCUGAGCCUAAUGCAAAUAGUAGGCUCAUCCUUCGCUAAUCUCCCAGAUAUGCAUCAACUUCUCCAGCAGGCUCAAUCUGUGCAUUUGGGGGAAAGCCAAAUGCACAGGAUCCCCACAAGAGGGAGUGAUUAUGUUGAAGUCAACAGCAGUCAGAGAAUUUUCACUGAGCCACAAUCCAUGAGACAGUGCAGUAGGGAGCCUGGCAAGAACAGCCUGCAGGGCCAUGAAGGAAUCAGCCAGCCUGACCAAGAUAGUGAUGUAUAUUUACAGAAUGUUCCACAUGGGAGUAUUCCUUCAUGUCAGUUAAAUGAACAUCCCAAGACAAGACCACAAACUUCAGCAUCUCAAAGCUUAGCACCUACUUCACUUUCUCAAACUCCUGCUGGAAAUACCCGCCUCCAGCUUUUGUUUGCACCCUCUGCUGUCCAGAAGGCGCCUCAGCUGAUUCCACCCGAUAAAACAUUUACUCCGGGUGGUGGUUUUCCUUUGCUUCAUUUUCAGCCUAAGCAUGAAUUCAAACCUUUUUUCUUACCUCCAGGCAGAAUUCCACAAGUUCCUUUUAGGUCUCAGGUCCAACCAAGAGAGGCUUGGGGAUUAUCUGAUUCCUUCCAGCCUUCUCUGCCUCAGAGAAUAGUGCACAGCAGUUCACCAUCCCAUUCAAAUUGGAGACACAAUAAUACUGAAUCCAUAAACAGAACAGAACCUGUACCUACAGCCAUCCCUCAGCAUGUGAACUUGGGUCAGCAUGUUGGACGACAAAACCUGACACUUCAGGAUUCUUCAGUAUUUACAAAGCCAGAAAACAUAUCUGAUGUUAAACCAGGGCCUUUUGAGACAUCUCAGAAUUCUUUUGGACUUCCUUUAUUACAUCUGCAACUUAAACCUGCUUGUAUAGUUUCAUCACCCUCAAGAGCAUCAACUGGAUUUCCCUUGGUACCUGUCAGAUCUGGCACAGAAGAAAAAAAAUACUCACAACUAUCAUUACUUCGUCCAUGUCUACCCCCAGAAAAUAUGUAUAAGAAACCACAGCUUAUUCCACUUGAAAACCUUGCUGCAUUUAAGCGAAGCCAGCAAAAACAAACACAGAAUGUAUUUGAACAAAAUGAUUCUCAUCCUCUUCAGAUUCUAAAGGUCAAUAUGGAACCAUCUGAAACAACACAGAGAAAGAACAGUAAAAAAAGUAAUGUGUCAGAAGUUGUCCUGGAACCCAAGGAACAAGAGCAUCAUGAUUCUCAGCCUUUGGAUAAAUUUGAUAUUCCUUUUGAAAUGUUAGAAGAUGAUGUUAAUACUUCAGCUGGACUGCAUUUCAUGGCCUCUGUACAAAAGAAAGCCACAGAAAGUCAGGAUGCAAGUACAAACACAGACCCAGCUCUGUAUUUAUUACAAGAUAAGGAAGGUCCUUCACAAGAAGUUUCUGAAAGUGGUAAAAAUGAGCAAGUCAUUUCUUCCAUUGCAGAACAUGAACCUUUGAAUGUUCCUCAGCUCUUGAUUCCAGAUGUGUAUCUAAAUGUCAAACUUCCCACUGAAAUAAAGGAGCUUUCAUCACGAUCCCUACCUCAUACGACUGGACACACUUACAUAGAUGUGGUUGACAUUGAAGCUGGUGAUCUUCUGGAAUUACCUGUCGGUGAAGAGCCGUCACAUGCCAGUGUUACCAAGCAGCAGAGCGGUCAUCCUGAAGUCCCUUCGUCUGCAGAGUUGCAUUAUAUGGCAGCUUCAGUUGUUAAUGCUGCUCCCCCACACAAUUUUGAGAGUCGAGAAUCUUCCAGUCCUUCUCUGAGUUUAGUUUCUGAACCUGCAAAAGUAACUCAGUCCUGUCUGGAUGGGAAAAGCUGGAGAGCAGGAGUUACAGAAGUGAAGGAGCCUGGGAUCCACGCUGUGAUACCGCCAGACAGACAGCAGGGCAGAGAUUUGCCGGAAACAAAGUUCCAGUUCAAAGAACAGAGCACAAAAUCCAACUCUGUGGAAGAAUCUCUGUUGUGGACCCUGCUGCAGGAUGUCCCUGAUGCCUGCCCCUCACCACACCCAACUGCUCACCCUACACCAAGCCCUGGGGCUCGCCAUCUAGAGCGUCUUACUGCCAAGCUUCAGAAGCUCGAUGAGCAGCUUUUAGCGGUGCAGAAAAUUGCGGAAAACAUAGAGCAGGACUUCCCUGCACCUGAAAUGCUAAAUCUGCAUUGGAAAAAGACUAGACAGCUGGAUCAUGCUGAACUGUCUUCUGGCCGUGAAACUGAGAAAACACUGGCUUCAGAAGCUGUUCCCAUCUCUGAAGAAGUGUGUUUCCAGACUCGUGUGGAUAUGGAAGAUCAAAAUGAUAAAAAAGAAACUUCAGAAACAGAAUUUUCAGUAACUGAAAACCAUUCCAGCCAGAAAACCUAUGUAUACCCUGCUGCAGAGUCCAUCGCUUGCGUUUCCAGUGACGGGAAUACUGCUUCCCUUGGUAUGAAUAACAGCAAUGAAUUAUUUGAAAGUGUUUCAGGAGAUCACCUCCAAGUUACUGGAUUGACUGAUGUUGCUGACAUUAUUGAUGACCUUAUAACUCAAAGUGGAGUUUCCAGUGAAGAGCUUGGCUUAACAGAACAGCAAGCUAGGAAUAUAUCCAGGAGGAUUCAGCCUCCUUCUGGCAGAUGCCCAAAAAGAACUGAGAAGGAGAAACGAGAGAUUAAAGUCUGGAUGAAAAGAAAACAAAAAGAGAGAAUGGCAGAAUACUUAAAUCAGCUGGCAGAAAAGAGGGGGCAGGAGCGAGAGCCCUUUUGCCCCAGAAGAAGUCCAUUUUAUAUGACUUCAAGGCAGAUUAGGCUGAGACAGAAGAUGAAGCGUGAGAAGGACAGAUUGCUGCUGUCUGACCACUAUAGUCAGCGAAUCUCACAAGCAUACAGUCUGAUGAAUGAACUGCUGUCUGAGUCCGUACAACUAACAGCAACUGCACAGAAAGCAUUGCCUGGCAGACCCAAUACUGCUCAGUCCUGUGGACAGGAGCAUUGCCUUUCACCAACGAGAGAGACUCCACAUGGGCACAAUCUUCCAAUAAAUCAACCUGGAAGAGGCAGACCUAUUUUCAAAUCAAGUCAUACCCAUAAGGGGAAACCUAUGGGGCAGCCUCAAGGCUCAGCUGGGCUGUGCGGAACUGCCACUUUCACCAUACAGAAAAGAGCUGGCAGAGCCAAGGCAGUGGUAAGGACAGCUGUGCAUUCUCCAGUUAACUUCCCAAACGGUUCUAAUAUUCCAUGUCGCAGACUGCAGCAUAUGAAAAACCGUAGCAGUGCUGGGCUGGCUUCUCAGAUGAAGCAGGUGGGCAUAGAGUAUGAGAGAGAGGAGACAGUGGUGAGUCCCUGGACGCUACCUUCAGAAGUCCACAAGAUUCUCCAUGACAGUCCCAGCUCCCUUCUACGAGAUCUGUCACCACCUGAAGAGGACGAGCCCAAGACCCCCUUUGUUGGGGACGCGUUGGACAGCAGGUCUGAGAGCACUGGCAGCAUCCUCAGCAAGCUCGACUGGAGAGCCAUUGAAGACAUGGUGGCCAGCGUGGAGGAGAAAAACAUGCCUGUCCACUGGGCCCUGGACAUGUAAGAUCUGGAUAGGUUCUCUUUCCAAGCACCAGCUAGCAUCUCAUUGAUGUGCUUCUGAAAGAUUUGUGGGUUUAAGGCAGAGAAACAGUGAAGGAAGCAAUGGGUAUUUACAGCCUGCAGCCACAAGGUUCCAAGAGAGAAAAUAAGCGCCUGUCAGUAAUCUUCCUUCAUGGGGAAAGAGUUUUUGUUUAAUUAUAGAAAUGUUUUAUGUGUUUGCAUGUAGCUCAUAUUUAGGCUUGACUUUCCAAGUCAAGUACUUGUUUUUAUUAAUAUUAAAACUUCAUUCAAUAAAAAAUAUUCUUUA